CCGCGCGUUGCUUUCUGAGAGACCCGUAAUAUGGCUGGGGGGAGGAGGAGGAGGAGGAGGCGGCGGAUCCUGACGCCCUCUGUCACCACCCGUUGAGCCAUCUGCUUCCUGACGAGGUCGGUGGCUGGGGGAGGACAGCGGCCGGGCCGGGCCGGGGGACCAGUGCCUACUGCGUGCUGACACUGUUCUGUGUCAUGGAGAUCUAGUGAGCAAGACUGAGAAGGUACCCACACUUAUGGAGCUUACAUUGUGGUGGAGAAAGGCAGAUAAACCCAAGGAAAUAAACGAAAUCUCUUCAGAGAGGGUGUGAUCGUGGGAAAAUGGAGGAGUAUGAGGAGUUCUGUGAGAAAACUCUUGCCAGAAUCCAAGAAGCAUCACUGUCCACAGAGAGCUUUCUACCUGCUCAGUCAGAAAGUCUCUCACUUAUUCGCUUCCAUGGAGUGGCUGUGCUUUCUCCACUGCUUAAUAUUGAGAAGAGAAAGGCAAUACAACAAGAAAAGCAGAAAGCAGUCGAUGUAGAAGCAAGAAAGCAGGUUAAUAAGAAGAAAGCUUUACUGACUCGUGUUCAGGAGAUUCUUGAAAAUGUUCAGGUUAGAAAAGCACCUAAUGCCUGUGAUUUUGAUCAGUGGGAGACUGAAACAGUUUACUCUCAUGUAGAAGUCAGAGAUGUAAAUGGUCCUGCUACAUUUCCAAACAGCUUGCCAAGCCCCAUGGAGCACUCUAUUUUAGUAAAUCCUGAAACGAUAACUGAUAUGUUGCCUUUGGACAAGGAGGACCAACAAAAAUCUAAUGAGAUGGACCUAUCUAGAGAUUCUGAAGGAUUUGAUUCUCCAAAGCACUGUGAUAGUUCAAAUAUUAGUCAUGCAGAGAAUGAAGUUUCUCCAAAGGUCUCUUCAGCAACCUCACAGGAGACUCUUAUUUCUGAUGGUCUCCUCUCAACAAAUGAAGAACAGGAUCGAUUACAUGCAGCAGAAGUCACCCUAGACCCCUACAUAAUGAGCCUUCAGAACCUGAUGAAAAAGUCAAAGGAAUAUGUAGAAAGACACAGUCUGGGAAGUAGCACAAAGAGGAGUGUUAAUGAGAGUCAUUCAGACAAAGAAAAUGACACUGCCAAUGUAAGUGACUGUGUGAGGGAGAAAAUUUUGUUGACAGGCAGAUACUGUGGCUCAGUUAUUCCUGACAAACCAAGCCUUAAUAAGUCAAAUGUUCUCCUCCAAGGUGCCUCCUUUCAAGCAAACAGCAUGAAUACAUCAGUUUCAGCUAGCUUUUCUAAAGUAGACUUACCUAUACAAACUAGUCAUCUUGUUAUUCCAGAUUCUGAGUCUGAUGUUAAAGGUAUUCCCACUUUAAUUACUGAAAAUAAAGUCAUCAAAAGUCUCACAGGUUCUUAUGCCAGAUUGCCUAGUCCAGAGCCAAGCAUGAGUCCUAAAAUGCAUCGAAGGCGUUCCAGGCCAUCAUCAACAUGUCAUAUUCUCAUAAAUAACCCAAUAAAUGCCUGUGAGUUAAGCCCAAAGGGAAAAGAGCAGGCAGAAGACAUAAUUGCUGCAGUUACUGAUGAAAAAACAAACAUACUUGAAAGUGUGCCAAAGUCACCAGUUGAUUUAAUGGGAGCUUAUUCAAGCAAGAUUCAUGCUAGCAAAAAUGUAUCUGAAGUUACAGAGGAUCUGAUUGUAGGUAAAUCAAGACAGGUAUGUCAAUCUUUAGGGGAUCAGUUAGAAAAUAAAGUAACUGUAGAGCAAUCUAUUGUGGAAGGUCAGUUACCAUCUUACGAGAGAGAAGUACAGAAAAUGAAUAGUACUUGUACGGUGAUGCCCAAAUUGCAUGAGCCAUAUGCCACCAUUCAGUGCAUAGCAAGUCAAAACUUUGGAAACGUGUGUGGACCCAAGUCUACCAAUAUGUCUGAGAAAAUCUGCAAUUCACAAAUGGAACUAAAUAAAUCUUAUGAUGUAAAAAAUCCAUCUCCUUUACUUAUGCAAAACCAGAAUACCAGGCAGCAGAUGGACACACCUACGGUGCCCUGUGUAAAUGAACAGUUUGUGGAUAACAGUUUUGAAAAAGUUAAGCGGAGACUUGAUUUAGAUAUUGAUAGUUUGCAAAAAGAAAACUGUCCUUAUGUCCUAACAACUGGAAGAGCUGAACAGGAAAGGCAACAUGUGCCAGAAAAAAGAUGCCCUAAGGGGUCUGUCUACAUGAACAAGAACAAAACGCUAGAUGCUAGUAGCAUCAAAGAAGGUGAGAUACUAAAAAACAAGAUGUUAGCUUUUGAAGAAAUGCGAAAAAGACUAGAAGAACAGCAUGCCCAGCAGUUAUCGCUCCUCAUAGCUGAGCAGGAGAGGGAACAGGAAAGAUUGCAGAAGGAAAUAGAGGAGCAAGAGAAGAUAUUAAGAGAGAAGAAGGCCCUUGCAGCAGAAGUCUCGGAAGUGCACAUCAGCAGUGCAGUUGAGUUAGAGUGGAGAACAAGAGGUGACUCUGGCUUGCUAGAGACAAUGCUGUCUCAAGUGAACUCAGUCCAUACUUCAAAUAACUCUGGUUUCACCAAUUCUGCCCUACACUAUAGCUUUGGUUCUGCAAGUGAAGCACCAUUCUACCUCUGGGGAUCACAAACUAGUGGCAUGACCAAACUCUCAGUGACAAGGCCUAUUGGAAGGGCCCAAACUAGAUGGUCUCAGGUUUUUAGUCCAGAAAUACAAGCAAAAUUUAACAAAAUAACAGCGGUGGCAAAAGGAUUUCUUACUCGUAGACUCAUGCAGACAGAUAAGCUGAAGCAGCUUCAACAAACUGUAAAAGAUACCAUGGAAUUCAUAAGGAACUUUCAGUCAGAAGUGCCACUCAAGAGAGGUGUUUCUGCACAGGAUGCUUCACUCCAGGAGAGAGUAUUGGCUCAGUUGCGAGCUGCCCUGUAUGGCAUUCAUGACAUAUUCUUUGUAAUGGAUGCGGCUGAAAGAAUGACCAUUCUGCGCCAUGACCGGGAAGUCCGCAAAGAGAAAAUGCUGAGGCAAAUGGAUAAGAUGAAAAGUCCACGAGUGGCUCUUUCAGCUGCAACGCAGAAGUCUCUUGAUAGGAAGAAGUACAUGAAAGCUGCUGAGAUGGGAAUGCCAAAUAAGAAAUUUUUGGUUAAACAAAGUCCUUCUGAACCAAGAGUCCUUCAGCCAAACCAAGGACAGAAUACACCUGUUCAUAGGCUACUAAGUAGACAAGGAACCCCUAAGACAUCAGUGAAGGGGGUUGUGCAAAAUAGACAGAAGCCUUCCCAGAGCAGAGUGCCUAGCAGAACGCCUGUGUCAGGAGCAUAUGCAGGAAAAAUCCAAAGAAAGCGGCAAAAUGUUGCGACAAUUUAAGAAGACAGCAUUCAUUAGGAUGAAGGGCAGUAUGAAGGAUUGUUAUCUACGCUGUUUUUCCCACACAAGACUUUUCACUAAGAUUGGGGUUCUUUUUACACAAGCAGAGUGGCAUCCCAGGGCUGAGUACUCUUCUGUGUAAUGUGAUUGGUGUGGCUAAUUCCUGCCCUCUUCAUUCUUAAUAUUAGUUUGGGUCAAGACAAAAUAGCAUUUGGUAAUUGCCCAAUCUCUGCAUAAUUUAUGGAACCUUUUUUGUGUCUAGACAGAACAUUUUGUAAAUGUAAAAGGACAUUUGGACUUCUACAAAAUAUUGAAAAGCUGUCAAAAAUUGUAAAUUAGUGCUGAAACAUAAAUUUCAGUAUAGACUGAUUAUUGGAUUUGAUUAAAAAAAAAAAAACACAUAGAAGCUGGGUGUGGUGGCACACACCUUUAAU